UAUAGAGCAAAGCAAGCGUGUCCGAUCCAGAAAAAGUGAAAUCGAGAGCUUCUUCUAUUCUCUACCAGCUUCUUCUUUAAUCUCUCUCUCUCUCUCUCUCUCUGAGUCGCAGUCAAUGAAGCUGUUGCGGUUAGCGUUCGUCAUCGCUUUAUUGUUUGGAUUGGUCGCCAUCCUCAUCUACAUCACCGGAGUCUCCGAUCUCUAUGAGAUCAAUCGGCUCACCGAUGAUGAUUUGGAAGCGCUACAAAAUCUGCAGAGCCGUUUCCAGAAAUGUGUGGCUGCGAAUGGAUUAGGUUUACAAGCUGAGACUAGUAAAGAUUACUGCGGAGUCACCAUGAAAUUUCCUAGUGACACCAUUCCUAAAUGGAAAGAUCCCAAAACCAAUGAGCUUGAAGGUUUAUCGUAUGAGUUUAAUCUGUGUGAAGCUUUGGCUACUUGAGAAUAGGUGAGUACUGUGUUAU